UUCAGCAUCUCCAGUGAAAGCGGUUUUUUGACUCGCCAAGUUUUUUUUCCCCCCGAGGAGAAAUCAUCCGGAUUUUUUUUUUUGCUGCAGCUUUCAGCUUCUUUGUGCAUCUCUGUGUGAUUUUCUCCGGCGGGAGACUUUGCGGCGUUCCGGAUUCCCAGCGGGAUUGGACGUCUUAUCCAACUCCUCUCCUUGUUCCUGGAGGAUCCUGGCUCUCUCUGGGACACCCCUGAGCACGUGAGACCCGCGUUUCCAGCUUGGCACCGGGAGAAAUUUGCCUACAACUCUCUCUGGGAUCCACGUGGACCGAACCGGCUCGCUCUGCGGUGAUAUCUGAUUGGGUUGUGUUUGUGUCCAAAAGUCCUUGGAGGGGGGUUUAGAAGUCUCUGUGUGUCUCUCAGGAAGUGGUGUGGCGGGGGUUUUUUGGGAUCCAGCCUUAGUGCCAGGGCUUAUAACCCAGUUUUUUCCGUGUUUGCCACUCGCACGGUCGGAGCCAUGCAGCUGGACAAUGUCACCAGCGCGGGCGUCCACUCCUUCCAGGGGCACCGUGGGAGUGCCAACAAGCCCAAUGUGAUCCUGCAGAUAGGGAAGUGCAGGGCAGAAAUGCUGGAGCACGUCCGGAGGACCCACCGGCACCUCCUGACUGAGGUCUCCAAACAGGUGGAGCGGGAGCUGAAGGGAUUGCAGAAAUCCGUGGGGAAGUUGGAGAACAACUUAGAGGACCACGUCCCGACUGAAAACCAGAGAUGGAAGAAGUCCAUCAAGGCCUGCCUGGCCAGGUGCCAGGAGACCAUUGCCCACCUGGAGAGGUGGGUCAAGAGGGAGAUGAAUGUUUGGAAGGAGGUCUUUUUCCGCCUGGAAAAAUGGGCUGACCGCCUGGAGUCCAUGGGGGGCAAAUACUGCCCUGGGGAGCAGGGCAAGCAGACCGUGUCUGUUGGGGUGGGAGGCCCAGAGAUAAGGCCAGGUGAGGGGGAGAUUUAUGAUUAUGCCCUGGACAUGAGCCAGAUGUAUGCCCUGACCCCUCCUCCCGGGGAGGUGCCCAGCAUCCCCCAGGGCCACGAUUCCUACCAGUGGGUCUCCGUGUCCGAGGACGCUCCAGCCUCCCCGGUGGAGACCCAGGUGUUUGAGGACCCCCGGGAGUUCUUGAGCCACUUGGAGGAAUACUUGAAGCAGGUGGGUGGAACAGAGGAGUACUGGCUGUCUCAGAUCCAAAACCACAUGAACGGCCCAGCUAAAAAGUGGUGGGAGUACAAGCAGGACUCCGUCAAAAACUGGGUGGAGUUCAAGAAGGAGUUCCUGCAGUACAGCGAGGGAACUCUGACUAGGGAUGCUAUCAAAAGGGAGCUGGAUUUGCCCCAGAAGGAGGGGGAGCCCCUGGAUCAGUUCCUUUGGCGCAAGAGAGACCUGUACCAGACCCUCUAUGUGGAUGCAGAUGAGGAGGAGAUUAUCCAGUACGUGGUAGGCACCCUCCAGCCCAAACUGAAGCGUUUCCUGAGCUACCCCCUGCCCAAGACCUUAGAGCAGCUGAUCCAGAGGGGCAAGGAAGUCCAAGGCAACAUGGAGCACUCUGAGGAGCCCAGCCCACAGAGGACCCCUGAGGUUCAGCCAGGAGACUCCGUGGAGACCGUGCCCCCCUCCACCACCGCCAGCCCCGUGCCCAGCAAUGGGACUCAACCAGAGCCCCCCAGCCCCCCAGCCACUGUCAUAUGAGCCCCCCUGAGCGGGGUCUGGGUUCUGUGGAAGGGAGAAGGGGGCUUGUUUAGGAAGCUUCUCCUUGGAGGGAAGUUCUGGCUGAGACCUGAGGAGCGCUCAGUCCAACAGCCCGGAGCAGAGGGAUUGCCUUUGCUCCUGGGGGGAGGGAGGUGGAGGGGGACAGGGGCUGCCCCCCUCGCCCAGCUCUGCUGCUGGGACCCUGCUGGCACCACUGUGGGCAACAGCCAAUUUCAUGAGAAUUCCCUGACUAGAAACUCGAGACAAUUCCCAACAGUGGAGCAGCCGCUUGGCGCUGGCGGCUCCCAAGGACUUCACGCGAGUGCAGCAGCUGUGGAGGGUUCCUGCCCAUCUGCAUCUCUCUUUUUCCUUCUCUCCUCCCUCCUCUGAGAGGGUGGCCCUGUCCUGAGGAGACAGCUUUCUUUUGACCCUUGCCUGUUUUUGAUUAACCUCUGGGUUUCUGUUCACUUGGCAAUCUCCUGCUCUUACUUGCUCCAAAGGAUUAAAGUAAUUUUUUUGGAUUAAAUUUUUUUUUGUUCUAAGAAGAAAAAAAAAAAAUCCUAUUAUUUCAGGAACUGAAAGCUUUAAGAAUCUGGAUUAUUUUCUGUGGUUUUCAUUUCACUGCACCUAAUACCUGCUUUAAUGUGUUUCCUCUGAAGAGGCUCUUACUGGUUUACUUCUUGUCUUAGUUUCUGCUCACUUCAGUUCAAGGCCACUGCAGUGCAGAGGCAAAUUUCAUCCUUUCUCUGCACAUUAUCCUGUGCAUUCAGCAGGAAACAGAUUUUCUAAUUAAAUUCUGAGCUCAUUUAUUGAAGGAGCAGUCUCCUUCCUUUCAGGGAAGAGAGGGUGUUUAAGGUAGAGAGAGGAGACACCAGAGCUCUUUUGAGAGACUGGGGGAAGGGAAGGGAAAUAAAUCCUUACUCUUUGAAUGAAACAAACAAACACACCCCAAAUUCAGAGCAAAAUAUCCCCAGAGCAGCAAAUCGAGUCCAUGCUGACAUGUGGAGACAACUGGAGCUUUUGCCAUGUAAAAGCCAAAAGAAAUGAAGAGAGGAUCUGUGUGCCCCAGCACAGUUUCUGCUCACACAGACAGACUCCAAAUGCACUUGGGAAGCCUGACAUCCCUGUCCUGGAGCACCUAGCACAGAGUGCUGUCUGCUCACAGAGAAAUUCCUGCAACAUCUCACCACAGAUGGAGACAGAGCUGGACUUUGUGACUUUUUCCAUGUUGAGAAGGAAAUGCUCAGCACUCACCUUUGGCCAGUGUUUGGUGAUAGGACUGAGAGGAGAAAGACAUUCCUCAAGUUUGGCUCUCCAAAGCUGCCUGAGGCUGGACACAUCUUGGGCAUCAUCUGCAUUUACCAGCAGACCAAAUGAACAGCAGGGAUGCAGCAGCAGGAGUGACCCUGGGAUGCUCCUGGCACUGCCACAGCAGGGACAGGUGGCACUGGUGGCUCAGAAGGCCUUUGCUGUGACUCCUUCCAGGAGGCUGAAGUGACUCACUCAGAUCCUCCUCUGAGAAGGAAUCACUUUGCAGCAUGCAGUGUUUGGGAGGAAAGCCACAGAAAAAAAAAAAAGCUGCCAAGCAAAGGCCCUGACAUCAGAGCUGCUCUCAGCACCCUCAGCCACCAGCUGCCAGAUCCACCACCUGAAGGAAAGACUGGCACAGCAAUCCCUUCUGCUGUUGCUGAGAUUCCUUCUCCAUGUCCAAGAGCUUUCCCAGGGGAGAAGAGGAAGACAGAGGGCAAACCAUGCACCAAAGAGCCUCCCAUGCAGUGCAGUGCCACGUUCAAGGUGCUGAGAGCCAGAAUGAAACUGGGAAGCUGCUUCCAACAGGACAAAGAAAGGCCUGAGAAAAAAGUGCUGAGAAUGGGAAGAGAGGCCAGAACAGAAGAACCAAGUGCAGGUUUUGGGGACAGCAGGGAUGCUGAGUGUCUGUGGAGAGGAUUCUGCACCUCUGCGAUCUGGGGCCGCUGGGACUCACCUAAAGAAAAACUUCACCAGAUCCUCACUGAAAAAAACUUUCCUGAUGAACUUUGCCAAGAGGCUGCUCCUGCCUUGGCUACCAACCCUCCCCUCUGGCCAGGCUGUAACUCACCCCUGCUGAGCCCAGGGCUGCUCCAUUUCACACGGGUAUCACUUCCAAACCUCAGAGGGCUCCCGGAGUUUGGAGAAGCAUCCCACGGUCCAGAUGCUUGUCUGAACCGCUGGAGCUGCACAUCUGGGCCAGCAAGGAGCCUUGUGAGGCAGCAGGAGCUCUCUGGGUCUGCAUGGGCCAGAGUUACUGCAAGAACUGGGGUUCUUGUGCUGGCUUUGGAGUGACUGCUUCCAUCCAGACCCAGGGAGCCCAAAAAGAGCUCGAGUGAGCUGGACAAGACAGUUUUGGUUCAUCUCUCAGCCGAAGAUCUCUUCCAGAGCCAACUGUCCUCUCUGUGUGUGUGUGUGUGUGUGUGUGUGUGUGUGUGUCAGUGGGGGGAAGGGGUGUGUGCGUGCUGAGCAAAAAAAUCCACACUACUCAAAAUUCUGUGGUGUUUUGUUGCAUUUGAAUUAAGCCAGAGGGACAUAAGGUACAUUCCAACAAGGCUCAGCAAAAAUGUCCAGGACUGGAAAAUUCCAUAAAACCAUGUAAAGGCAGAUUCCCAGGCAUCAUUUCAAGGUCUAGAUGAUAUUUGAUUUUGAGGUGCUUAAUUUCCACAUUCUCUUCCAAGGGACUAGACUGCCUCAACAGGCAUUUUAUUUUUCCUGUUUUUUUAGGGAAUUAGCCUGUCUGUGCUACUUGGUCAUUUGGUCCUGAGUUUUCUUUUACAUUUUCAGCUGGCUUUUUGGAAUGUGCAGAACUGAAUCUCCUGGACUGAUUUUAUUUUAAUUGCUGCUCCCAGCAAAUUGGAGCUUUACUUGUAGCACCCUGGUUUUUAUUACCAGCCUGUCCAGGAAGGACUGGUAGUUUAUUUUCCUGGGGCAGAGUCACAUGAAUGAGAAGUGUGGAUGUGUUGUACCUCUGGAACUUUAGCAGAUUUCAACCACUGCAUUUUUUCCUCCCUAGGCGAUUUUGCAUUUACUGAUGAAACUACUUUAGAGUUUUUAUUUUUACUAGAGAUAUUAUUAAUUCAAACAACCUUGUACAAAAGGCAGAUGCAUAGAGUUGCUGCAGGUUGUAGGGGUUGAAGCCAAAAGGUCUUUGUAAGCCGACAUCAUCUGCCCUGCAUCUGACUGGAUCAGGCAGUUUAUUCCUCACGUGUCAUGUUGGAGUUACAAGAUCACACCAAGCCACUAGAGCCUGCCAGUAGAAUAGUGCUACACUUGAUUUGCUAUUGUAGCAAAGCCUUUUGUAGAUUUAUACAAUAAAAAUUUGAAAUAUCUGCUUCAA